UUUUAUUCAUACAAAAAGGGGAAUCCCAAGUCACACUAUUGUGGUCAUGUGGGCAGUAAACACAUGAUUACUUCACCAAUGACCUAAGAAAGGAUGAAUACUUUUGUCGUUUAUAUUUUGAUGUCUUGCUGUUUUUUGUCUAUUUAUAGUUCAAGUAACUUUUUUGACAUAAAACAAGACUUUGGUUAUGUUGAUGUACGUGACAAGGCUCAUAUGUUCUGGUGGUUACAAUACACCCAGUCUAUGCAGGGAUACCAACAAGUUCCUCUCAUUAUGUGGCUUCAGGGAGGCCCUGGAGGUUCAAGUACAGGGUUUGGUAACUUUAUGGAGUUAGGACCUUUGGAUGUGAACAUGAACCCCAGAAAUACAACUUGGCUUAAAAUAGCCAGUCUAUUGUAUGUUGACAAUCCUGUUGGAGCAGGAUAUAGCUAUGUAGAUAGUGAUGAUGCCUUUACUACAGAUGUCAGUAUGAUUGCUAAUGAUAUGAUGGUUCUUCUUACCACAUUCUUCAACAGCCCUACAGGUAAAAAAUUUCAGAAUGUUCCAUUUUACAUAUUUUGUGAGUCAUAUGGAGGUAAAAUGACAGCUGCCAUUAGUAAAUCAUUAUAUCAGAAUAUGAAUUCAGGAAAGAUAAAAGUCAAUUUUAAAGGUUUGGCUCUUGGUGAUUCAUGGAUUUCUCCAGUAGAUUCAACUGUAAACUGGGCUCCAUAUAUUUUAACCAAUUCUAUUAUAGAUGAAAAAGGAUUUUACAAAAUAAAUGAAGCGGCAUUGAAGAUGACACAGAUGAUAGAGGGAGGAAUGUGGAAAGAGGCCACAACACAAUGGGGGAUCGUUCAGGAUAUCUUAGAGACAGAAAGUAAUGGUGUCAACUUUUAUAACAUGUUGGCCUGGGGAGGUUCAGAAGCAGGGCUUAAAUCUUCAAAUAAUCUUAAAGAAAGAAUGAUAAACAGAAUGAUUGGUGCUUUACGGACAGACAAACUGACAGCAUUAAUGAAUGGGAAAGUAAAAAAAAUGUUAAAUAUACCAGAGAAGGUUGAAUGGGGAGCACAAUCAGGAAAAGUGUUUAUAUAUCAAGCAGAAGAUUUUAUGAAGCCAGUUGUUGAUAUAGUGGACUAUUUGAUACAGAACACCAGCCUGUCAGUUGUGGUAUACACAGGACAGUUAGAUAUAAUAGUGGCUACACCAGGUACAGAGAAAUGGAUCACACAGCUUGGUAUAUAUAAAGAUUACUACAAUGCUACAAGACAGCCUCUUUAUGAUCCCUGUACAAAACUAACGACAGCAUUCUAUAAAUCUGUUAAAAAUUUCUCAGUCUACUGGAUACUGGAUGCUGGUCACAUGGUUCCUAAGGAUAAUGGAAAUGCAGCACUCGAAAUGGUCAAAAGGAUUAUAAGCAAAUAAUGAGACUCUGAUAUUAAAAAUAUUUGUAAACAUUAUAAACAUUCCAUAUACUGAUUUUUUCAUGGGAUGUUUAUUACUUGCCUUGUUGAUAAAUAUCGUUAGAUUGCUUUGGACUGAUAAAUUCCUGUCUCGCUCAAAUUCCUUGCUAAAGACGCAUACUUUUACCAACUAUUUCUGAAAGUUUUGAUUCAAUUGGAAUGCUUAGUGAUUAAGAAAAAGAAUUAAGCAUUAGCAAGAAAGCAAGACUUGAAAAUCUCAUACACCUUCAUCAGGGAAAUUUUACUCUCAGGCAUUUUAAAUCCUGAUAGCAGGAUGUCUAAGGCAUUUUCUUACAUUGGUUUAUUUAAUCUUAUAUGUUAACCCUGUUCUUAGCUUAAUAAAUACACAAGACAGUGUCUGAAUUUACAUAAAUACAGUAGAGUUUGAAACAAUGGUACUCAAGUCUAAUUUUAUUGACAGUUCCAAUUUAUACCUAACAACUCCUCUGUUCACGGUUCAAUAGAUUUUAAUGAAAUAUAACACAAGACAAAGAUUACAAUAAGGGGAGAUAAUCAGGAUUCACAAGACUCAGUGUUAAUGAUGUUUGAGAAUUGGCUCAGCAGGAAACCUCAUAAACAUAAAUAAAAAUGAAUUCAUUGAAAUCAAUUUUACAAAAGUAAACUUUACUUUAUAUCCUGGAAGGGAGAUAAUUCUAUAAUGAUGAUUUUAGUGCAUUAAGAUAAAAUUUACCUUUUUUUUAAAGGUCAAAAUACAGUAUAGACUGUCUUUGAGAGUGCAGUUUAUUCUUAGAUAAAUCCGUUGUGACACAAAUUGAUGAAAUUAUGUGACUUUAACAAUCACCUGUAAUGUUCAUAUACACUGUACUAGGGUACUUCUGUAAACAUUACUGAACACUGUAAAUUCAGAAAUUGUUGUGAGCAUUUAUUAUUGUGAUUUUUGAACUUUGAUUUAAAUUGAUUAUUUAUUGCUCCUGUUGUAAUUCGAAAAUAUGGUUACAGAGUUUCUGUUUGGCUCUAAACUAAAUGCAUAAUAUAUCUUACCUUAAUUUUUUUAUUGUAAAAAUUAAUCUAUGUCAUAGGGUAAAAUUUAAGAAAUCAAAAUGUAUUUUGACUAAUAGUAUUUAUAUGAUUUAUACAUUAAUAAUUUAUGAAAUAAAUUAUUGUUAUUUUAACA